GUUAACACGUGGAAAAUUGAGUGUUAGGUUGUAAAUUACAAGAGAGGUUUUCUAUUUAAUAUUCGCGCGAACCGAUCAAGUUUUUUUAACUUUCUUCGUCAUUAGUAAAUCAGUAAUGACACUAGACAUCAUUGAAGUAGCCCGAGUCAAUCCCGCCGCAGACUCGGUCCACAACACGUCCGACUCGUUCACAAUCCCCUUAACGUUCUUCGACCUACCGUGGCUAUUGUUCAGCCCAGUCAAACGAGUCUUCUUUUACAGACUCACCGAGUCGACUCGUGAGCAUUUCCACUCCUUCAUUCUCCCUAACCUCAAGCUCUCCCUCUCCUUCGUCCUCCGCGACUAUCUUCCUCUCUCCGGCCGCAUCACCUGGGAUCCAAACGAGCCCAAGCCGAGCAUCGUCGUCUCCCAAAACGACGCCGUUUCAGUGACAGUAGCCGAGAGCGAAGAUGAUUUUUCUCUUCUCUCCGGCUAUGGACAACGUCCCGUUUCCGGGUUACACAACCUACUGCCCGAGUUACCCGUUUCCGACGACUCAGCUUCCGCUUUCUCUCUGCAAAUCACGUUGUUCCCGAACCACGGAUUCUCGAUCGGCGUCGUCGCACACCACGCCGUUUUGGACGGAAAAACGUCAAGCAUGUUCGUCAAAGCUUGGGCUCAAAUCUGCAAACAGCUACUCGGUAACGGAAUAUCUUCUCUACCGGAGAAUCUAACUCCGUCUUAUGAUCGGUCGUUGAUCAAAGAUAUGACCGGAAUCGACGAAAAGAUGAUCGAAAUACUGAGAUCUCUCAAAGGAGACAAAACCAAGAGCAGCAGAAGCUUGAGUCCGUUUCCCGCCAGAAAACUCGGAGACGACGUCGUUCUCGCGACGCUCGUGCUCGGUCGCGAUGACAUCGAGAAACUCAAGGAGCGGGUCAAGAGCGAGUCACCGAGUCGAGAUCGGGGACUUCACUUGUCGACUUUCGUCGUCGCUUACGCUUACGCGUGGAGCUGCUUAGUGAAGGCGCGUGGAGGAAGCGAGGAGAGACCCGUUGGCUUUCUUUUCGUUGGAGAUUUCAGAGAUCGGUUAGAUCCGCCGCUUCCGGCGACAUACUUCGGAAAUUGCAUGUUUCCGGCGGGUAGUUAUAACCACAAGGCGGCGGAAUUCGCGGAGGAGAAGGGAUUCGCGACGGCGGUGGAGAUACUCAGUGAUUUGGUUAGAGGAUUGAGUUCACGAAGGAUAGAGACGAUCGCGAAGGAGUUCGCGGAUAGCUUCGGGUUACCGAGAGGGACACAGCUCGGGACGGUGGCCGGGUCGACCCGAUUGGGAGUUUAUGAAUCGGAUUUCGGGUGGGGAAGACCCGUUAAGGUUGAUAUUGUCUCCAUUGAUCAAGGAGAGGCCAUCUCGAUGGCCGAGAGACGCGACGAGUCAGGUGGCGUGGAAAUUGGAAUGUGCUUGAAAAAGACGGAAAUGGACAUGGUCCUUUCUUUUUUCAACAAUGGUUUACACAAUUAAAUCCCUUCUUGUGAAAUUAUAAUUGAGAGGAUAAUUAUCCACUGAGAUUAGUGUUAUCAGACAAAACUUUUGAUAUCUACUGAGAUUAGUGUUUUGUGGGUCAAAUCAAACUUUAUUUUAUAACG